AUGGACCGUCUCCUUGAGUCGCUCGAAGAAAUCCUCGAUGGACUUAAUGACCCCGAGUACGAAGUUGAGUACAGCAGCGGUGUGCUAACGUUGAAGCUCGGCGGCAAGGGAACGUACGUGAUCAACAAGCAGCCGCCAAACAAACAGAUCUGGCUCUCCUCGCCAUUCAGGUGGGUCUUAGGAACUGCCGACGGCUUUCGCACCGUUCUUCCGCUCGCUGCGUUACUUACCCUUACGCAUUCGUGUUGCAGCGGACCGAAGCGCUACGAUUACUCGGAGGCACAGGACGACUGGGUUUACAACCGCGAUGGGCACAUGAUGGGCGACCUGUUGAACCGUGAGCUGAGCAAUAUCCUCGGUGCAGAGAUUAGUUUGGGCGUAGAGAAGAUCUCAGGCCUUGAACCUGUAUGA